UUGGACAAGUUUUACUCAAUUUCUUACACCUGGUAUGGCUUGAUAGGAAUCAUUGUGACGUUUACAGUAGGGAUGCUUGUAAGCUUGGUGACAGGAUUUAGUGAUAAAGACGAUGUUGAUGAAGCAACGUAUAUUAAAUGGCCGGAUUUACUGUUCUGUUGUCUCCCUGAAUCGUACAGGGUGAGAUUAUGGAGAAAAAUUACA